GUCUACCUACUUCACUUUGAAUGCCGCUUCAUCCCAAACCCCACCAAACCUCCGUUUUCUUGCUUCUCCAUGAUCCAGAAACGAAACCAUCCUUCAUUUUCAUUGACUGCUAUAUUUCUUUCAUGGCUUUGAAUCUCAGGUCUUUUUAUUUGCACCCUUAUCAUCGAUGGAACCACUCAUCUGGGUUGCCCUUUAAUCGCUUUACCGCUUCAAAUAGAGUGCACAACUUGGGUUUUUCUGGGGGUGGGUUUUCACUUGGAAAGACGACGAUAAGGUCCGUCGAAGAUGACAAUCCGGUAAAACCAAAAGCUGCUAAUGAAUUAAGUGGAGCUAUUCCCGAUUCGGAUAAUGAUGUCUCCAGGAAACUAAACAAGGAUUUGAACUCCCUUCCAAGACCAUUAACUGUAGCUGAUUUAUCGGUUGCUUCCAAUGAUGGUUCGAAGGUGCGGAUAUCAUUUAAGGGGGUUUCUGGUUCUUACGCUGAGGAUGCUGCACUCAAAGCCUAUCCGAAUUGUGAAACAGUACCCUGUGAUGAAUUUGAAGAUGCAUUUAAGGCAGUUGAAUUAUGGUUGGCUGAUAAGGCAGUGCUUCCAAUUGAGAAUUCUUCUGGGGGAAGCAUCCAUCGAAACUACGACUUACUGCUUCGGCAUAGGCUUCACAUAGUUGGUGAGGUGCAACUGGCUGUUAGCUUCUGCCUUUUGGCUUUGCCUGGUGUCCAUGCUGAGCAGUUAAAGCGUGUUCUAAGCCAUCCACAGGCACUUGCCCUAAGUGAUAUUUUCCUGAGUCAACUGGAUGUUGUCCGGGAAAGUGUGGAUGACGCAGCCAUUGCCGCCCAGCUUAACAAUGGUUAGCAUGUAGCCUCAAAUAACCUUAGGGAUGCUGGUGUCAUUGCUAGUGCUCGAGCUGCAGAGAUCUAUGGGCUUAACAUACUUGCAGAGAGAAUUCAGGUAUUCUUUGUGCAUGAUGUUUGCAGGUCUCUGGUU